UAAUUCACUCUAUCAUAUUCUCUAAACCAUACAAAAGCCCAUUGCUUUGAGAAAAAAAAAGGUUGUGUAGUUUUGGUCUGGAUUAAGGUGUUUUUUUUUUGUCAUUCGUCGUUGUAGUGGAAAACAUUUCAUUUUAUGGUCAGGUUAUUUACAGACUUAUUGGGUUUUGCAUUGGCCCCACGAAUUUAGUUUCCCUCAGAGCUUGCAGAGUGUCGGAAGAGAUCGCUUUGCGAUGGUCAUUGGACGGAUGGUCACCAAUCACCAUCGUCACCACCACCACCGCCACCGCCACACUGAUCAUUCCCUGGCGAAGGAGCAGACAUUGGUCUGUAAGUGUCAAACUCUCCAAUCCGUGAGUCUAUACUCUAUCAUCGUUGAUGUCGACCACGUAAAGGACAGAGUGACCAAUGAUGUUUAGAAUAUAUGGGACCAAUUCGCGAAGUAUGAUCUUUGAGGAUUUCGGAGCAGACGAACAAUGCGUGUUGAUGAACAAUCGGGCUUAUAACGAGGAAUGAUGCUCAGGAAGCGACGUUUAUGUCGAUGUUUCAUGAUCUUAAUGACAACGGUGACUGUCUUCUGUGUCUGUCACUUUAUUUCGGUAAAAAUUCCCCGUGGAGAUGGAAAAUCAGUUGUGCCGGUGAAACUCAGGGAGAAAAUACUCCUCCCGAAAGUCAGUCCGACCAAAGCUACACAGAACAUAACUGAGAAAGACACCGCUGCGGACACCCCGAAAGGCAGCAUCGUUUGGAGUGAGGAGGUUUUAGAUGCAGAGGGAAACCCUAUUUCAGAACCAGCGUUGAUAAAAGAAGUCGAAAAAAUAACUCAAAAUGUUCCGACCACAUUCUUACCUAACUUCAAGAACCCUUGUUGGUUCGACUCAACGAAACAACUAAAUUGCUUGCCCUAUUUUUAUCUCAUCGGGAUGUCAAAAUGCGGUACGACGGAUUUAUGGAAGAAAUUGACCUCUCACCCGGAGAUAGUUGAUGACUUGCCCAAAGAACCGCAUUGGUGGGGGCCGAGACGUACUGGUUGGACCGGAGUCGCUGCUCAUGGUGAAGAAGUAAAGCAGGUUCGUGAAAGGACCGGUGACAAAGAUGAUAGUUCCAUCAGAUGGUAUCUGAACUGGUUUAAAAUGUUUGCUGUGAAAAAGGUUCAUCAAGCUACGGUUAUAAAUGAAACAUCGGGAGAAACAUAUCAUCCCACGGUAUUUGGUGACGGUUCGAUCAGUACUGCCUACUCAAUCGGCAACGCUUGGAUCAAGGAAAACCCAAAUGCCUCGGAUCCUCCUUAUACGAACGCGGAAUUACUGCACGCCAUUCAACCCAAAGCUAAAAUCAUCAUCAUUUUAAGAAAUCCUACAGAAAGAGCAAGAUCGUGGUACUACUACACCCACCCCUUAAAUACUCCAGAUGACUGGCAUAUGAACGCAAUGACAUCAAUAGAAUGCUAUAACAGUUGUAUGAAACAACACAACGAGAGAUACUGCGCGUAUGCAUUUGGAUGCCCUUACACGCCGUUUCAAGGUAUCAACGUAGGACUGUAUCAUAUAUUCCUUUAUGACUGGAUCAAUGCUUAUACCCGCGAGGGGGUUUUGGUCCUACGACUCGAGGAUUGGCAUAAGGACCAGGUCUCAGUUUACAGGACUAUCUUACAGUUUCUAGAGCUUAGACCCCUUACAGCUCUAGAGGAAGCAAAGAUUUUAGGAAACGGAUGGUUCCGAGUCAGCAACAAAGAGGCACAAUCAGAAACGAAAAAGGCUUUGGACGAUUUCUACCGCCCUCAUAACAAAAAGCUGGCCGACUUAUUACAAAAUGAUAUCUAUCGGUACCCAUAAUAUAACUCAUGAUUGAUCUGUUAGUGAUAUCUUCGAUCAAUCACUAUGGAGCGAAUGUUAAUUUGUUUUCAAAUUUUCCGAAAGAAGUUGAUUUAUAAAACUUAUUUUAAUGAACAUUACAUAUUAAGGAAUGAACCCAUGGUUAGGAUUUAGAUCUAUACUAAAAAAGCAGCAUUUCUUAAGAUAUUUAAGAUACAACAAACUAGGUGGCAUUUCGUGAAACAAAUAGUCGACAAUUUUAACUGAAAUCUAUUAUGCUACUUAAAUCAAUGCAUCUGAUUUGCUCAGGACAAGUGAGGAAGCGAAAUUCGCUGUUCAUUUUAUUUCAUGAAACACACCCCAGUACUUUCGAAAAGUAAAUUUGUGACGUCACUCGUUCGGACGAUUGUUUGGACGUUUACUCGUAAUUAAGGGAGUAACACAUAAUGUAUCCCUCCAUUAGUCUUCUAUGUACGGAGCCCGCCAGGUGACAUGAAGGAGAAAAAAUUCUCCGGACAUUAUUUCGUUCCCUCGAAAUACUAUCUCGUUCCCACGCAAUAGUAUUUCGUUCCCACGAAAUAAUAUUUCGUUCCCACGAAAUACUAUUUCGUUCCCACGCAAUACUAUUUCGUUCCCACGAAAUACUAUUUCGUUCCCUCGAAAUACGAUUUCGUUCCCUCGAAAUACUAUUUCGUUCCCACGCAAUAUUAUUUCGUUCCCACGAAAUACUAUUUCGUUCCCACGCAAUAUUAUUUCGUUCCCACGCAAUAUUAUUUCGUUCCCACGCAAUAUUAUUUCGUUCCCACGAAAUAUUAUUUCGUUCCGACGAAAUAUUAUUGCGUGGGAAGGAAAUAGUAUUUCGAGGGAACGAAAUAAUGUCCGGAUAAUUUUUUCUCCUUUAUGUCACCUGGCGGGCUCCGUAUCCAUGCCUAUAAUGUAGAGCGAGGUGUAUUACCGCUUGAUAUCAACUUAGACUGUAUUAAUCCGUUAUUCGUGCGUGCACACUACGAAAAAUAUGCCGGCUAAACGCUACAAUAGCCUUACAGUUAUGGGUGUAUGAUUGUUAUUGUAUACCCCUCGUGAAAACGGUAAAAAUAUGCACCUUUUUUAUAUUGCUUGCACCUAUAUUAUUUUGUACCUUAAAUGGUGCAAGAUUAAGGGUGCGUAAAGUUUGCUUUCAAAUUAUGUUGAACAUUUUUACAUUCCCUAAAGGGUAAGACUCUCCACCCUUCAGGGUGUAAAACUCUAAUUAAUUGCAUCCCGAUGUCGCAAAGAGCAUCUAUAUAAGGGUGAAGAAUUGCACUCCAAAAGAAGCUUCCGGUAUGAUUUGGUAAUUGAAGGGUGCAAAUCGAUCCCCUUUUCUUCAUCAUGUUAUUGUGUGUACAACGAGUGAAAUUAAUCGUAUAAUGUAUCUGCGCAAUAAUCUUUUUUUUUUCAAAAGGGAUUUUUUAAGGCGAUCAAUUUCCAUUUUCAAAUGUAAAGUAUUUAAUUAAUGUACUAAAAAUCAAGAAACCAAAUUACACAUUUAUGUCAAAAUUGCAAUAUAUAUGAAAGCUACAUUGAGUGAGGAAAACAACUUUUCUUGUGUAAUUAGAGACAAUGUAGACAUAAAUAUAUAUAUAUAUAUCAAAACAGUUGUGUGCUCAAACGUUAGUGAACUCCACCAUAAAAUGCACUCAUUCAUGCUAAGUGUUGAAUGUAGAUAACAAGUCUACAACGGUCGGCAAACCUAAAGAAAAAAAAUUAUUGAAUGUAAUAUUUUAUCACCUGACUUCACAAUCAGAUAUCUAAAACAUGGCAGAACUUGAACACUUUAAAUAUGUUCAUUUUCUGGUGGGGUUCAGUAACUUUUAGAACCAUUAUAGAUGGAUGAAUGGUUAGAUAGGUAGGUAGAUAGGUAGAUAGAUAGAUAGAUAAUUAGAUAUAUAGAUAUAUUAUAUAGAUAGAUAGAUAGUCCCCACAAAAACGUGCUGAGAGAAUUAUUUUAAUUAUUUAUACAAAAUAAAUAACGUAUUUUAUUAACCA